AUUACAGAUCGGAGCUAAUCGGGACGGGUAUAAAAGAAGGCGCCUGUGAUCGAGCAGCUUAGAGAGCCGCAUAAUGAAGUGCCUGACGCUAUUGGCGCUAUUGUUCUUGGCCACUUUGGCCUUCGCUCAAGCCGGAAAGGUCACCAUCAAUGGAAAGUGUGUGGACUGUUCGAAUGACCGUACCACCACCACCACUACCACCCACAAACCUUCAAGAGGCAGGGGAAAUGGUGGCAAGACCACUGCAAGACCCAGGCCCAAAGCAACUCCGACCCACAGACGACCUUCGUCGGAUGAGGACGACAAUGAACUGGACGGCUGGUCACUCCAUCAGUCCGCUGGAGGAUCUCAGCAUAUAGGCAGGCGAUCCAAACGCCAACGGGGCGGUGAUUAUGACAUCGUUAUAGAUGGAUCUGGCAGAAGAGGAGGUGUUUUUUUAAAAUAUUAAUAAGGGGUUUAAUUACCCAUUAUUCCUCGACAAAUGUGAAAUCUAUAAAGCUAACUAUACCCCGGAUAAAAAACUUUGUUGACAGCUAAA